AGUGCUGGCGCUGUAGAAAUAUGACCUUCAGAAAUUUGUCUCCUAAACAACCCAGAACCUAGUUGGGUAUUGAUGUCAGUGUGGCCAGGGCUUCGUUUCUUUCAGAUCCUUUCAGGGUGGCUGGUUAGUCUUAUGUUACAUGCUAAAUGUUACCUGCAGAAGAAGAGAAGAGCUUACCUCUUCCAGAGAGGUGGCCCCGAGCCAGCAAAUUCACUCUGUCAGCCUGUGCAGCAGCUGUGGCAGAACUAGUGACGUUUCCCCUGGAUCUCACGAAAACUCGACUGCAGGUCCAAGGUGAAGCUGCCAUUCGUCGGAGUGGAACUGUUGCUGGCCAAGUUGUCCCUUACCGCGGUAUGCUGCGUACUGCGGUUGGCAUUGUGCAAGAGGAAGGCUUACUAAAGCUCUGGCAAGGAGCCACACCUGCUCUCUACAGGCACAUAGUAUACUCUGGAGUGCGGAUAGUUGCAUAUGAACAUCUUCGUGACUCUGUGCUUGGCAGGGCUGAGGAUGGAAGCUUUCCAUUCUGGAAAGCUGUAGUUGGAGGCAUGUCUGCAGGUGCCAUUGGUCAGUUUUUUGCCAGCCCAACUGAUCUGGUGAAGGUACAGAUGCAGAUGGAAGGAAAGAGGAAGUUAGAAGGAAAACCAUUACGAUUUCAAGGAGUGCACCAUGCAUUUAUGAAGAUCCUGUCUGAAGGAGGAAUACGGGGACUUUGGGUUGGAUGGGUGCCAAAUGUUCAGAGAGCUGCUCUGGUAAACAUGGGAGAUCUGACCACUUAUGACUCAGUGAAACACUUUUUACUUCUGAACACACCCCUUGUGGACAACAGCGUGACUCACAGUGUUGCCAGUGCAUGUUCUGGCCUGGUAGCUGCUGUUCUAGGAACUCCUGCUGAUGUAGUCAAAACCCGGAUAAUGAACCAACCAAGAGGUAAUCACGGAAGAGGUCUGCUGUAUAAGUCUUCCAUGGAUUGCUUGAUUCAAACUGUACAGGGUGAAGGGUUUAUGUCUCUAUACAAAGGCUUUAUGCCAACGUGGAUGCGAAUGGCUCCUUGGUCACUGGUAUUCUGGCUUACGUAUGAACAAAUCAGAAGGAUCUGUGGAAUUAGUUCUUUCUAAAAUCUUGAAACCAUAUCAAUAUGCACAAAACAAAGAAGAAACAGAAAGCUUAAUUUUCACUCCACAAAGCACCUCCACCCCACAGAGAACUCACUCAUGUAGGAGACUGGCAGUAGUGUCACAUGUAUAGGUUUACGCCCCAGGUCUAGUCCUUACUGCUUGGGGCUAGCCCUGAUCUAAUGGCACUAUUUGCUUGAGAGGCUGCUACCUGAAAUAUAAGUUAUCCACAGGAUAAAAUUAUCCCAAAAAUAAUACUUCAACCUGCAGCGAGCAUCAGCUUUCUGGAAGAAUGAACAGAGGUAAACAAAUCUACCAAGCAAGUAGAUUAUAAUACUGUUUUUUCUUUUUCUGAUAGAGAUGGUCCAUAUGGUUAAGGACAAGAGUAGGUUGAACAAUGCAGCACUGAACAUCUUCUGGGGCUAAGCAGUGGGUACCAGUCUACAAAAGUAUUUGGGAAUUUUUUGUUACUAUUACAUUUGUAUACACAUAGAAAAAGAACUACUUCUCUUUCGUUUGAUGUCUCCGGAAAUCAAGCAUGGAAUGCCAACUACUGAAAUAAGCAGCUGAUCUGAUUUGAAAUAUGUUUUGCUCAAAAGGUGGAAGGGCUUGUGUUCAUCUUAAUUCCCAGAGACUGUCUAAUCUCUUCACUCAAACAUCUGAAUACUAUUUUAUGCAUAUUCACAAGUGAAAUUCAUUCCUCUACCUGGCAAUGAAAAGCCUAGUUCACUUCAAGUUCCAUUUGAGAAGCUGAUAAUACACAUACUGUCCACAGCUGAACUACUUGUCUUGUGAAGGUCUCCGUGCUGACCUGGCAGACUGGGUAAAUAACGCACCACUUCUCUGUGGAAGUAACACUCUGCCUGCCUAUUUCAAAUCUGGGUGGAAGCUUAGUUACAGUAUUUUCUUUAUAAACACAAAAUAUUUGAAUACACAAGUGAUUUUUUUUUUUUUAACCUAAAGCUUUCCAGUUUUCGUAGGCAAGGGGACUUACAGCUAUUUGUUAUUAGGUAUAUCUCUGGCAAUCAGGAGGCAAGAAGGCAGUGUAAUAGCAAUCAUAAUGUAGCUAGCUGAUAGAACAAAGCUGGCUUUGAUCUAGCAAUAUUUAGUAAUGACACGACUGUAUAAGGCUUAGCUGCCUGAGUAAAUACUUGAGAUUACUUCUAGAUUAGUCUUCUCAACUAGAUCCUUCAAUGGGCCUAUUUGUGAUUAAAUACAGUUUGGGUGUCUCUUCUUGACUGCACUUGUGCUCUGUGAUUACACUGUAGAUCUGUUGUGGCUGCAUGUGUUUGGGUAUUGUGUUGCAGAGUGUAAUUCCAGUUUGGAAAAACAGCUGUGUGAAAAUUAAUCUCACCAUUACUAGGAGGUCAAAAUGCUUUUGUUCAGAAAUAUUAUUUUUCUAGUUGUCAGCUUGAGAAACUAAUCUGAGUUCUUUCCUUCUUGCACAUCCUCACCAGCAGUUAUCAACCACAGGCAAAGCUGCUUCUUCAUUUACAUCCUGAGUGGUCCUGCCUGCAAUCCUGUUAGUCAGACAGACCUGAUGAUAGAUACGUAGAAGUGCCUGAUCUAAAAAAGCAAUUUUAGAAGUCUUUUAGUGAAAAGCUGUUUCAACUGCUAAUGGAAGCUCUUUUUUGAGAAAGAAACACUAAAGAAGAGGUUUGUAACAGUACCAACGCCUAGUAUUUUAUAUUCGGCAAAUAAAUAACUUGA